AUGGGUUCAAUCACCGAAGCGCCUAAGGUUGUUCCCGCCGGGGCAUGGGACACACACCACCACAUUUUCGAGCCAGCACGCUUCCCUUUCGCCUCUGGGAGGCACUUCACGCCCUCCGUUGCAACACUGGAGCAGCUCAAGGCUUUCGAAGAAUCCAUCGGCGUCUCGCACGUGUGCAUCGCACAUGGCUUAUCAUACGGGGCCGACUGCUCUUCUCUACUCUACUACCUGGAGCAGUUCAACGGAACGGCACGCGGCAUCUGCGUCCUUGACCUCGAAAACGUAACAGACGAGCUGCUGGACACGUAUCAUAGAGCCGGCAUUCGAAGCGUUAGGCUGGACUUCUUCAAGGCCCAGGCCAUGAACGACGUCGACAAGCAAGUCAACCUCAUCAAGUCCACGGCCAACAGGCUUCUUCAAUGGCACCCGACUGGCAAUGGCUGGAGCAUUCAAAUUCAGCAACCAAACAUCUCUUACUGGGCCAAGCUAGGACCGGUCAUUCAACAGUCAAAGCUGCCUGUUGUUCUGGAUCAUAUUGGUCUUGUCAAAACUCCCAGCAUGGCAGCGAUUGGGUCUGUGCCUGUCAGGGAGCAACCGGGAUGGCAGGACCUGCUGAACACACUGAGAGGAGGAAACCUAUGGAUCAAGAUCUCAGCACCCUAUCGAUGCUCUCGAGCUGACCCCCAUUUCGAAGACCUCAAGGACAUUGUGCAGGAGCUUGUCAGGACGAACUCCAAGAGACUGGUCUGGGGUAGUGACUGGCCUCAUACUCAACGACACGAAGACAGGCAUCUGAGGAGCAAGGAUGAGCAAGAGCCUUUCCUGAAGAUUGACAACCCGGCGUGGAUUCGGUCGUUGAGCACAUGGUUGAACGGAGAGGAAUGGCAGGACUUAUGGAACAACAGGACGUACCAGAUCCUUGAGGCGGCUAGGACAGGAGGCUACGCUGUCGGCGCGUACAACUGUUAUAAUGAUGACGGUGUUAUCGCCGUCAUUCGAGCAGCUGAGGCGUGCAAGUCGCCUGCUAUUAUCCAAGUCUUCCCAUGGACGAUGCGAUUCCAAGGCCCCGAGUUCGUCAAGUACGUGAUUGGCGCCGCGCACACCGCGAAAGUUCCCAUCGCGGUUCAUCUCGACCACUGCAUCGAAUCGGAAGACGUCAAGGCGGCGCUUGAGCUUCCCUUCGACUCCAUUAUGGUCGAUGCCUCAAUCCACGACGAAGCCGAGAAUGGCCGGCAGUGCAAAGAGAUUGUGCAGAUCGCGAACGCCAAGGGCAUCGCGAUCGAGGCUGAGAUGGGCCGGCUGGAAGGCGGCGAGGAUGGUCUGCCAACAGUCGAUCUUGAGACGAUUUUUACACGACCCGAGCUUGCGAGAGAUUUCGUGAAGGAGACAGGAGUGCAAUUCCUUGCCCCGUCUUUCGGAAACAUCCACGGAAAUUACGGUCCUGGUGGCCCGGAGAAAUAUUGGAGAUUGCCUCUGCUCAACGACAUUCAUAAUGCCAUCCCCGACAUUCCCCUCGUCUUGCAUGGAACCCACGGUGUGUCUGACGAGCAAUUCAGGACCGCCAGAAAGCAUGGCAUGGUCAAAAUCAACCUGAACAGAACGGUCCGCGACGAGUACACAGACUUCAUCGCAGAAAAUGCGGGCAAGUUGGAGCUCACCGUUCUGAAAAUGAAGGGGGCGGAAGUUUAUGCCAGGUCUAUUGAGCGGGUAAUGAGGGAUGUGCUGGGCUCAGCUGGCAAAGCAUAA